UUGACGCCCAGAAAAUGUUGUUAAAGCGUCCACUUGGGGGGUAAAAUGUGUUUAUAAAGUAGAACAUCGUUUUUUUGAGGGAAAGCUUAGUUUAUGUGCAAGCUAACGGUAGAUGGCACACUUGCGCUAUAUUGCUGCUACACUUGUUCUCCCUGUUGUCCAUGGAUGGGGUUAGCCUAGCUUAGCUGAUUUAAACUCUCCUGAGUGUGUCAGUGUGUCGGUUUGUAUAAUGAAGUAGGAUACGGAUUGAACGGCAGCGUCUAAAACAACAGAAAAACUCUUAGCGUACUCUGCGAAACCGUGCGCGAACAACUGGCGGAUAACCAAAAAACAAAAAAGUGAUUCCUCUGGAAAUAAAAACAGCUCCAGAAGAUGAAGUAUGUGUAACGUAAACCUGGGAGAUAGCUGCGAGCAACCCCCGACCAAACGACUGUGUCCACCGGUUUAUCCAGAAGUUGAAUUCCAGUGCCAUGGAUGCUGAGCAAUAUAAAAAUGAUCCACACUAUACAGAAGCAGAGAGCCUUUGGCAUGUGAUGCAGAAACCAGGAGAUCUGGAACAGAGGACCAGAGAUGGGGAGGGCUGGAAGCUGGUGGAUGUAUUUCUUUCAGGAGGUGCACCGUGGGGAUUUACACUCAGAGGGGGUCUGGAGCAUCGAGAACCUCUGCUCAUAACCAAGGUUGAGGAGGGCAGCAAGGCAGCAGCUGUGAGUCUCCAGGUGGGAGACGAGCUUGUCAACAUCAACGAGAUUCCCCUGAGUGGCUACAGACAGGAGGCAAUCUGCCUAGUGAAAGGCUCCCAUAAGACUCUCAGCCUGGUGGUGAAAAGGCGGAAUGAACCCAUAAGCAGGCCUCACUCCUGGCACUCUACCAAGUUCAACGAAAGCCAAUCAGAGACUGCCAAAACACAGUCUCCACCCACGCCAGUCUGGCACACCAGAUAUGAUGCAAGCUCAUCCUCAACUGAUCUCUCCUCUGGCUGGGAGCAAACAAACCUGCGCAGAGUGUCCGACCAGUUCAGCUCUCUUGGCAGCAUGGACAGUCUAGAACAUGUAUCGCACCCAUACCCUGCCGGUCAGCUGUCACCUGCCAAGUCCAACAACAGUAUGGAGCACCUUGGAGGAGGCAAACGAGACUCUGCCUACAGCUCCUUCUCCACCAGCUCUGGCACACCAGACUACACCCUCUCAAAGAGCAAUGCUGCAUCAACAGAGAACAUGCUCUAUAAAGUCAAUCAGUGGGAUGCAGGAGGAAAGCACAACAAUGGCAGAAACAGCCAGAGUCUGAUCGAGGGAGUCAAACAGGAUGAUAGGCUCACCUACUUUCAGAUGCCAGGAGGCUGCGAUGGUCCACAGACUGAUGACCAGGCUGGCUCUCGCCACUCCACUUCAAGUAGAACCAGCUGUGGACCUGUUUGGCAUGUUCCUGAAAAAAAGAAGACCGCCUCCCCCUCUCCUCCCCCACCGCUCCCACCUGCACGCAGUGACAGUUUUGCUGCAACCAAGGUACAUGAAAGAGGGCUCAUUAUAGCUCACCCUGAAGGACCUAAUUCACAUGUCCCCUCUAAGGUUUCCACUGAAAAUUGCCGCAGCCACAACCUAUCCCCAAAAAAUGACAGCGACAGUUUUUACUCUUCAUCUGAUAAGUCCAACCACAACCAGUUCAACUCAAACAAGCAGUACUCCCUGUCCAGCUGUGACGUUCGGCAAGGCCAGUCCUCCCAUGUUAGCCAGUCCUACCAUCAGAGACACCAUAGUGACAAAAGCACUUUUUAUCCACAACCCUGGGCUACAUCCGUACCAAAGCCACAGAACGUAGGUGGUUACGUUUGUAGUAUGCAGGAGCUGUCUACUAACGGUUCUCCACAACUCUUUGGUCAGAACCAGAGAAGGAACUUAAGCACCUCCCUGGCUACCACUGCCACUGAUCAAAACACUGAUAGCAGUGGACAUAGCCGAUACUACUGUGUCACUACAUGCCAGCCCACUCAGCCGAACCCCCAAACCUUGUCAGGAAAACCAGAGGACAGGAAAAGUGCCACAGGCAUAGAUCUGGCACAGACUGGAAAUGAGCGGAACUCACAGUCAGUCACCAAAGCCAAGUAUAAUCUGCCCCAACAACAGCAGCAACAACACUCCUCGCACAGUAGAGACAGUAACGGAUACAGCAAGCACCAAGUUACUACUGUACUAGAAACAUCUGUACCUAAAGUCAGUUCUGAUGAUAGGGGAAGCCAGAGAGGACACAACUCACAAAAUGCAGAAGCUCAGUACAUGAAUUAUUCCCCUAGCAGACAGUCUGAACAACGGAGGUCUCUGCCACUGCAACACAGAGAAGUACCCCAAGACAUCAGACAUCACAGCCAAGUCAGCAACAAGAUCUGCCCACAGGCAACCCCCAUGCUCCACUCUCUGUCCAUGGAUGCUGCAGGCCAAGAUGAGAAAUCAAGAGGCACUGAUGAGUCCCUUGAAAGCAAGCAGGUGAGACGCAGCGAGCGUUUUGCCACAACAUUAAGAAGUGAAAUCCAAAUGAGAAGAGCCAAGCUGCAAAAAAGUAAAAGUGCAGCUACCCUCCCUGGUACUGAGGGUGAGACUGAAGAGGAUCGGGAUGUCUGGAAGUCGACUGAAAGCAACACCCCGACAUCUGCAGAUAGCCCCUUCACCAACUCCUACAAGGAUAAUCUGAAGGAAGCACAAGCGAGGGUGCUCAAGGCUACUUCUUUCAGGAGGAAAGACCUGGAGCCUAUUUUACUGGAGCACCCUGCGGCUGAGGCCUUACCUACCUACCCAUCUUCAGCUCUGGCCCGGAAAGAUAUUACCCCUCUACCAACUGUGUCAGAGUCUGUAAUGAGUAAAUCUGGGCCUGUAGGCAGUCAGGUAACUCGCAUUGGUGGCCGAAAGCGUUUUCCAGCAGAAAAGAAGGUAAGGUCCUUCUCUGAACCAGACAAAAUCCACGAAGUUGGGGUAAAAGAAGAGCUCCCUCGCAAUGAAAAUACAAGCUCCUCACUUGAGCAACAAAAGCUCUUUAAAGAAAACGGGAAACCAAUGUUCCCCAGUCACAUGCCCCCUCAUAGCUAUACCGAGAACCCAGCUGAGGCCAAGGGCCGAGGUCUUGCCUCCACCAGUGAAACAGAGCACACACUGAAAGGGAUCAGGAGCAGAGAGUAUACUGAGGAGCUCCAGGGAGUCCCAUACUCUGCACAGAAACAGUACAUCCUGGACCAGCAAAGACUUGGCACCUUUGCUGAGUAUGAGGCGAGGUGGAAUAUACAGAAGAAACCUCCAGAGACAAAAGCGUCUGGACGGUACCGGUCAGCUGAUAACAUCCUGGAUCCAGGGCCAGAGGAGAGAACUAAAACUGCCUGUUUCCAUGAAAGAUCCCAAUCCUCUCCUUCAGCUGACAUCUAUGGGCAGAAGAUUCCAGUUCCCACAGUAACGUCUGAGACAGAAUAUUCCCAGGCGGAGAGUAAACUGUCUGAACCGCCACACAACACAGCCACAGGGUUCUCUGACAGAGGGCCCGGUGACUGUAAAGUGAGAGAAAAGCCUGUGGAGUUUGAGCGUUACUCAGCGCCACCCCCUCCGCCCAUGACAGGAACCAACCCUGACUGCAGACAUAGACCUGCUCCAGCCACUGUGAACCACAGACCCACAUCUAUCUCUCAUAGUCUACCAGAGUCUGCCCUCCCUCAGCCUGAAGACCACAGCCACACUGAGCCACCAUCUGGACCAAGGAGGAAACCCUCUGUGCUGGAGAAGCCUCCCCCACCCAGAUGCCCAGACUCCCACGAGUCCUUCGCCAGUUCCCAGAGUGAAAUCUUCACCCACCGCUCUCCCAACAGUGAUUCUAACACCGCCUUUGUCCCCACCCACUCUCCAAAGGGAGAUUCUGAGCACGGCAAAGGACUUGUGGACAAAGGACAAGGGGCAGUGCAUCAGCUAUCAACAUCCAAUCCUCAGCCUGCCUCUUCUCCCCCAGCUUCCUCCUACAGACCUUCAGGGCUGGCCACUAUGGAGGGGCAGCGCUCUCCAUCGCCACAGUUUUCCCCACAGAGACUCAGCGACAAGCCUCCUGUCUCUCUUCAGGAUGAAGACUCAAACAGGAUGGAACAUGUGAUAGAAAACCAAAAUACCGCAGUGAAGAAAGUACCCAUCAGGAUUGUGCACUCAGAGGGAGUCGCAGAGAAGGAGAAUUGUCUGUUUUUACGGCACACUGACUCCCCUGUUGCUGAGGCUGAGAGUCCUGAUGUAACCAGGCUCGGCAGCCUGGGCAGCAGCGCUUUUACUCGGCAGAGAGAGCCGGACAGCAUGCCGGCUGUGCAGACAGACCCGAAGCCCUCAAGAGACCCAUACAUGACCACUGUUAAAGAUCACGUCACCUCCAACAGUCAGCAGCCACCACAGCCCACAGAGGAGCCCGGCGUAACCAUAGGACUCUCUGAGGACCAGAAGAGAGAGGAGCUGGCCAGAGACAUCAUGGGGAAGGAUAAGUCACUAGCUGACAUUCUGGACCAGAGCAAGAUGAAGACCACCAUGGACUUGAUGGAGGGCAUCUUCCCUCAGGGGGAGCAGCUGCUAGAAGGAGCUCACCAGCGCAGGAAGGUGCCAGCGAAACAGACCGUCACCCGGCCUGCCGAGGAAAGGGAAAAGGAGGACAGCAUGGCGGCCGCUGUCACCAUGGUGACCAGCUCUACAUAUUACAGCACUUCUGCUCCCAAAGCUGAGCUCCUCAUCAAGAUGAAGGACAUGCAAGAGCAGGAGGAGGAGAAGGACUCUGAAGACGAACUGGACAUUGAUUUGGCCAACAAGAAGCAAGAGCUGAUUGACAGCCUUAGCAAGAAGCUCCAGGUGUUGCGGGAAGCCAGGGAGAGUCUUCAGGAGGACGUCCUGGACAACAACGCUCUGGGAGACGAGGUGGAGGCCAGAGUCCAGCAGGUCUGCAAACCCAACGAGCUGGAUAAGUUCAGGAUGUUUGUCGGGGACCUGGACAAGGUGGUAAGCCUGCUGCUGUCCCUGUCAGGCCGUCUGGCCAGAGUGGAGAACGCCCUCAACAGUCUGGAGGAGGAUGCUACUCCUGAGGAGAGGCGCACAUUGAUUGAGAAGAGAAAGUUGUUGAUCCGACAGCAUGAGGAUGCAAAGGAGCUGAAGGAGAACCUGGACCGCCGGGAGCGUGUGGUUUUUGAUAUUCUUGCCAACUACCUGCAGGAGGACAGCCUUACAGACUACGAGCACUUUGUCAAGAUGAAGUCUGCGCUCAUCAUUGAGCAGCGCAAGCUCGAGGACAAAAUCAAACUGGGCGAGGAGCAGCUCAAGUGUCUGAUGGACAGUCUGCCGAUAGAACAAAGGUUGUCCUUUUGAAGAAGCUGCAUGCUGUUUGUGUUUGAAACAGCCCAAACUCUUGAAUGAUUAAGGCUAGUUAUUGUGCUAGUUGCAGUUGAGCCCUGUGUCCAGCAGAGGGAGACAGAGAUGAGAAUCUAGAGACAAAUGGCCUGUUUGGAUCCAUGAAGACUGUUGAACUUUUUGUCAUUUUUCACUUCAGUGUCACACAGAGCCGAGCACGUCCUACUACUUCACAUCUUCUACACCGGACUGACAGUAUCCAGAAGUAACUCCUCUGUGAAAGAUGCUGCUUUUCCUGGCAUCAAACAACCACUGUAUCUAAUGUCUUUAAUGCCAUUUUUUGCUUUGUUUUUAUUUUAAUGUUUGUUUUUUUUUUUUUUUAGUAAUUUAUUGUAGCCGUUUGAAUCCGUGCAGGAGGGGACAGUAUUUUAUCUUCAACUGAUUUGAGCUGCCAUGCUACCUGAUGUGUGUUAAAACGCUGAGCAACUAGGAGUAUUUAUCAUGUUUUUAUGUUUAAACAAUUUCACACUCUGAAACCCUGUUCACGUUUCACAUCAUUUGAAAAUCUGGCCAAAUAUUUCAGCAAAUACGAGGCUGUUUUGGUUAACAUUAAUGUAUGAACUAGUGGCCUUUUACAAAGACUUUUGUGUCCUUGCUUUUAUCACUGAAGAAGCUUUUUUUCUUCUGCAUUAAACUUAACUGUGAUAAAUGUGAGGUGAAGUUGGAAGGUUGUAGAGAAGAGUGUGCAGAUUCUGGUCAUUUUUAAGAGCACUUGUUCAACUUCUCUACACAGAAGAAGCACUUCACAUUCAGACUUUUGGCUCAAGUGAAAUCCACAUUUGAAGUGCCUGGGAGUCACCCAUGUCACUGCAAACACUGUCCGCUCUUUAAUCCACUUUUGCCAGUUCUGUUCUGUUUUAUUCACUCACAGCCAGAACAUCUUAUUUAGAUUAUGACGUGGCCACAUAUAAGUUGACCAAGUGUUGUUGUGUUUUGUAUAGGGGUCUCAUUACUUUACUGUGUAUUGUUACUCACGGUGAAGAUGUCGAAUGCAUAGUUACCACAGUCGUUACUUGACUUCUAGUUUAAUUUCAACACUAAAAAAUUGUUCAGGUUGAUCAUUUUGCAAACAAAAAUGGAAGAAAAAUCAUUCCAAAGCAUUUUGACCAGCUUGAACGUCAGUCUUAUCAAAUGUUUAAAUUCCAGACUUUAGGGAUUAAAUCUGUCUCCCAAAUGUAAAGCCUGUUUGUUCUGCACAUUUGAGUAUGUUACAGUUUUACACGCUUCAUGCACUGCUACAGCCUGACUCUUAACACUUUAUCAGCUGUGCUACUUUAUAUCAAAUAAAGAGUCUGCUGAAAACAG